UAGUUUCUUUAAAAUGCAUUAAAUUAGUAAGUUUUGUUUUUUUAAAAAUGUCCUCGAAUACCGAAAUGAACCAUCAUUUGCGACAAGAAUAUUGUCAAACCCGCCCGAGAUAUAGACAAGGAAAAAAGUUAACUGCUGUUAAGGUUUAUACAAUUGCUAAUGAAUCCAUACACCUAUUGGUAUUCGGUGUUCCUAAAGUUAACCUACAAAGCGAACUAAGACGAAAGUUCUUAAGAAACGGUCCCUUGGAAUUUGUUCGAUGUGUUACAAAAGAAAUCAGCGAAAAAAUGGAAAUCGAAAUGUUCACAGAUGUUUUUCAUAUAAAAUUUGAAAAACUCGAACAUGCCAGACGAGCCAAACGUUUUCUAGAUGCACAACAGUUUUACGGUGGUAUUUUACACAUAUCCUAUGCACCCGAAUAUGAGACUUGUGAUGAAAUUCGUGCUAAAAUGGCUAGGCGGAGAAUGGAAGUGAGAUAUCAAAUGAGAAUAAACCAAAUAGAAGCCGAAAGAAAUAAAACAACAAAAGAGCCAAGUUAAAAUUUUCGUUUUUUUUUUAUUAAAUAUGUUUUACAAUAGUAACAUGUAAAUAAUUAAAAGAAUUAUUAUUUUUAACUAAUAACUUAAAGUUGUGU